AUGCCUUCUUUAAAUAAAAUUACACUUUUUAAACUUCAAACUUUGCUUCAUAAUAUUAAUUCAUAUAUGCAUUAUAAUAUACCAUGCACCUUAGAAAUUGCAGCUAUUAUAGUUGAAAAUACUAAUAAUAGAUCUGAAAUACAUAAUCAAGAUGUUAUAGUUCAUUCUUAUAAUGGUGGUCUUCAAUGUGAAGACAGUUGGCAUCCUAAUAUUUUUAUUUAUAAUAGUGCACAUCUUUCACAUUUAAGUAAUAAAACACAAGCUAAUCUAAAUAAUAAUAAUGCUUCUUUGAAUGUUAAUAAUAAUGAUAAAUCUCAAAAGCAUGGCAUGUCUGAAUUCUAUGCCAGGUUAUGCAUAUUGUCGAUUACAUGCUGA